CAAUGUUGUGUGAAAUUUUCAAGGUCGCCUCUCCUGAUCCCAAACAUGAGUAUUUAUGGAAAGUCCUUAUUUAUAACAGUGGCGAUGGGUUAGAGCAUCACCCAGAAUACCAUAUUGGUCCAAGGAAGCAAUAUUCACCAGUUGUCAUAUACGAGGGUCCUCCGUUUCUUAUCAAUGAAGCCUGGAUCGAGGCUGCAUUGAAUUUUGGUAAUCAUGAAAAGGUUAUCACAAACUUCUAUCCCAGACUUUUGGGCGCUUUUGAUCGGUCCAAUGCAACGUAUGAUGUUUUCAUUGAUCCCAAAAGAAAUGGAACAUGUGCUAUUUCCUCAUAUCGCGCAUAUUGUACCUUCAAACUCACUGAGAGCGUAUGCAAAAAGAUUUUUUUAGUUGCAUCGUUAAGCGGCCUGCAGCAUUUUGUAUCUGAACAAUCUUCUGAUUUUGUUUCACAAAAAUAUCGCAUAAAGUAUUCCCUUUCUCUCCCAUCUCAACCAAGCCACUCAAUUGAAGACAAAAACGGAGCCGAAAACUUUAUGUAUGAAAAAUUAACAUCCAAUCGCGAUAUAUUGAACGAAAUGGCAAAGUUUCAGUUUUUAAGGUGGAAUGUUGAUCUUGUUGAUACGAUGUUCAGAUAUCUAGUUGAAAUUGGAAAUGGCGUGUUUGAAAUGAAAGAGCAUGUGUUUUUCAGAGACCUAAAGCUAGCUUAUGAUCAAUUCCAAAUAGCAAGGAAGAAAAAUAUUUUCGACGCAGUUCCUACACACAUAGCAGAUAAUAGAGGCAUAAGGGCCUUUUUUUCCGGACCAGAUUGGAGCAUUUUCAAUCUUGGACCUUUAGACAAAUUAUCUGCCAAUGAGACGUUUUACUGCGAGCUUCCUAAUUUCGAGUAUCAAGAUGGUGGUUACGAUCGUCAAAAUUUCAGUGAAUUUUCAAGCUCAAUUUUGCAUUUUUUUGACCAACGAAAUCGCUUAUCAGCCUUGCUUUAUGGGCAAAGAGAUUCCUCUGAUUUCAUAUCUCGAUUCGCUGACAUUCCGGGUCAUGCCAAUGUUGAGAUUUUCAAAGCCUACAAAGAAAUAUACAUCACAUAUCUAAAGGACUCUCUGAAUAGCGAUGAAAAUAAAUUUAAGGUUAUCAAUGAUCGGAUUUUUGAAAAGUUAUCACCUUCUUUUUCAUAUUCCGAUGAAAUCGAUCUUCUAGAAAGGAUCCUCCCAAAAUCGAAGAAAUUUAUUUCGUUUCUUGAUGGAGAUAUAGAAAUUACGUCUAAAUUGGUCUCCAUAUUGUUUAAAGACAGCAAAGAUCUUCCGAAUCCAGAUGAGAUGGGACAAUUUUUCAAUGUAGAUAUGAUUAAAGAUCAGAUAGGCAGUGCUUCUGACUAUAAUUAUGAUCCAGAACAUUUUAAAAGGAGUUUAUAUAUCUUGACAGUAGUUUCGAACCCUAUUAGGAUUGAGAGUUCCAAUAAUACUGCGAUUCCAAAAAAUUUCUUACUUGAUGGACAUUAUUACAAUCUUUUAGAUCUGCUUUACAAAAUAUUGGAUAUUAAUUACAGUCCAUAUGUUUCCGGGGCAACUUUUCGCUUGUAUUUUGGUAUUCCCACUUAUUUUAUCAGCAGUCUCAAGGUAAAAACACAUGAUUACGAUAUUACUGAAGAAAUUGCAUCACUAUCUUCGAAAGAAAAAAGACCUUUAGGUUUGAUGGGUUUGGAUCCCAAAUUUUCGUCUGGUUUUUCUUUCUUGAAUUAUGACCAAAAAGAUGAUGCUUUCAUUUUAUCCGAAGCUGGAAUGAAAAUACUUUAUACUUUUCUCCUCAGACCAUCGACAUAUGAUAAUGAUCACACGAAAGAGGCUCUACCUCCAGUUAUCGAAUAUUUUUUAUCUCGCAGGGAUAAAAUACUUUCAGAAAUUUUUAUAAAUGGCGAUGACACGGAACUGUUUAGGCUUUUGGCAAAUUACCAGAUCAUCCUCAAUCGCUUGAUGUCGAUCCAAAAAACCGACCUUGACAUUGGCGAUCUUGAGCAUGUUUUUGUGGCCCAAUAUCAGCCGAUUUUCGCGUUUCUCAAGCUUAAUACGCUGAUAGUUGGGGAAAAGUUUUCUAACCUGACCAAUAGCCAUGCCCUCUAUUUGUCGGUGAUAUCGAAUUUUGAGCUCAUAAAGUCGUUUUUUUGCAAGGAAGAAAUUCAAUAUGUUCUUAGAAUCUAUUAUGACAAUUGGAGAUUUUCCUCUUCUAAAUCAAGAUGCGCAGCCCAGACAGAAAAGGGAAUCCAAAAUUUGGUGAAUGGACAUUUCCUGAUUGAUGGGGAAACUAGACAACUUUUACGACUUCCAUCGCAGAACCACAGUUUAUGGACGGCCAUGGGGAUCGAUUUGAAUCGUAAGUAUAAGCUGGAAUUUACGCUAUAUAAGCGCCGAGCUGAUGGUUCAAUAUUCUCCAUCCUCAAAUAUAACAGUAUGUAUUUCAUUCUGCACAAAAACGAUGCAUUUUUAGUAAAGAAUGGUCAAGUGGAAGCCAAGUACAUUCCUCAAGAUUUCAAGCUUUGUCAUUCACAUUUGGACCUUAAAAUUGCAUUCAACAGCAAAAUGGUAGGAUCAGAUCAUAAUAUCAUUGCAUUCAAAAGGUGCUUUGAAAGCUGGUGGAUGUGGCUGUGGAUGUGGCUGUGGAGUUGGUUGUGGAGUGAAGAAGUUUUUUUACUUUUUGAUAAAGAUGGAUUCCCGUAUGGAAAGAUUUAUGGCACAAAUACUCUGGUUUUGGAAAACUCAUCCAAGUUUGUGGGAAACUUAUCAAGCCCACUUCCUUGUUCUUUUCACAUAAAUUCGUUCUGUUCUUUCUCUUCGCAAUCGUUUUUUGAUGAUUUUUCGAAUCGUGAGCCGAUUUUUAACUUUGUAUUUUACUCGUACAUUUUCAUGCUAAAAAGUCAGGCUCAAUCUUUUUAUUUCUUCGACAGCUACAAUGGACCGGCAAAGGACUUUUAUGUUGUGAAAGAGGGAGGUGAACAGUAUUUCGCUGUUAUCAAGGGCGAGAAAUUCAAGAUCCACCCUCCUGCUGAAAUCAAAGAAAAUUUCCUCGUCUCCUCAAACUUGCCACUUCUAUUUGUGUCGAUUGGAAAGUCUUUUCAAAUUAUCAUUCCGGUGCCUCUGUCAAAGCCUGGAGAUUCAUACAACUUUACUUUUGUCAGUGCUACGUGUAAAGAUGAUCAUUUCAACAUUGAGGGCCAUGAUCGAGAAAUCAACCUUGCCAUCGCCUAUUGGCUUGUCUUUUUAAAAUACUAUGACCGGGCUAUGGAAUACGUUUCCUUGUACUCGAGUGUUUCUUUGCAACUCACUGAGCUUGAAUUGGUUAUUUUGCAAAAUAUCCUCGAAAUCAAAUACCGUGAUGUCGAAUAUCUUGUGAUAGAAGCCUGGGCAAACCAUUUCCUUGAUGAACAUGACAUCUUUUUUAAGGGCUUUUUGGAUGAAACCAAUAGGGUUGAAAAGAUUACCAAAAUUGCGAAUUUAAUUUCCGUUAUUCCAUUCAAGUAUAAAAGGGUUCUUUUCUCUUUUCUUCCUAACAUCAAUGAGCAUAAAUAUCUUUGGGCAUAUUCUAACAAGCUGAAAAUCGGUUCUAGUAUUGGAAAACCCGCAGAGUUUCGAUUAGAUAUCCCCAGCCUUAAAAAGGAUAUCCAAGAUGCUGAAUAUGAACUGUCUCAAAAUAGUUUUCUCAAAAUAGAGCUGACCGACUGGAAUAUAUUAAAAAAUAUUCACUUCCCGAGCUGUCUAUCUUUUCUAUACAAGCUAGCUGGAUCAUCCAACGAUUUAACUGAUUUUGUGGAUAAACUAAAUUCUCAUUAUGUAGAUUUUACACGAUUUUAUCUUGAAAUGGAGAACGAUAAGGACGGAUACAAAAUUAUUUCUUUAUUUUAUGUGAUUUUCAUGGUUUUCAACAAGCUCCCUGAUAAGGAAAACCUCGUAACUUUUUUUGCUAAAUUUAAAAAAAACACAUUUCCCUAUGAACUGUUGGACAUUUAUGACCGAUCUGUGAAAUUCAAGUCAUCUAUCCCUUAUGAGGGAUCGUUUAACAUCACAGAAAUACUCCCAUCGUCUCCUGCCGACUAUGAAAAUCUGCUAAACAUAACCAUGCAAAGGAAAGCUCUUUCAUCUGAUCUGUUCAAGGCAAAUGUGAGCUUUACAUUCUUUAGUGAUGCUGCUUCACUUGAAGAGAAAUUGAAAUCAAUAGUGUCCACUGAUGAGUUUCUUUACGGGUUUCCCCUGGGAGCCUUAAAAGACCCCAGGCUUCUUGCCCAAAUACUGCUGUGUGGGUCGGUUGAGGAACUGGGGGCUUUCUUCACAGUUAGUGCUGAAAAGGUCCCAAAGCUGCUUGAUCUUUUGUGGUCCCAUUUCAUCACAGUUUUUUAUUGUGAGUCUCCUCUUUUGAAAAAGAAUACUUUUUGCAAGGCUUGGAUCGAGAAAAAACAUUCUUUUCCUCAACAAGCAGAAGAAAUUCCUGGUCAAAAAUUACUUGUCACUAUGCAGGACAAGGUUUUCAUUCUCAUCGAGUUUUUCGCAAAAUAUCCUUUGCGUGAACAGCAGAGAACUAUUAUGUCGACCAUUUUACACAAAAUUGUAGAUGAAGAAUCGUAUGCUGUGGAGCAGGAAAUUGAUGGCGCAAGUACGAUGCGUUUCGGUCCUGCUAUCGCAAUCAUGGCAAGAUCGGUGCUGAGAAAACUGCCGAUAUUUAUCUUUUCCAAUUCCAUCCUCGACCAAAACAUUUUGCAACUGCGGCAGUGGCUUUUUGACUUUUUUGGGAAAAGCGUUUUCGAAUUCAAAACAGAACGGUCGGAUUAUGGAUACAGUGAGCCGUAUCUUCGCUAUCUGUACUAUCAGCUUACAAUGGCCCAUGAUCGCGGCGAUGUGUUCGUGUCUUCGAUGAACAGCAUCCAAUGCCUGCUGAAUGCUAAAAAAGAACUGUUUUCGCAAAACACAGAUGAGUCAAAAGAAACUCUUGCUUGGGUUCUGAGGAUCUUGCACUUCAUUGAGCACUAUUCGAUGGUUGUUUUCGACGAAGUCGAUGCUUCAGCUCUGUACAGCUUUGACACAAACGAGCCUGCUGAAAAGGACUGGAAUCUCAUUGAUGUGCUUAUUGAGUGCUUCCUGUCUUUGAAAGACAAAAAGAUAUUCCGAUCGCAAACUGGAGAAGAGAUCACCAUUUUUGAGAUCAAAGAGCCUCUUACGCCAUCUACUACUGAGUCCUUCAAAAAUACAUUGAACAAGGCACUGGAGAAGAUGUUGAGAAAGACAAGCAAAGAAAUCCGCGCGUUGAUUAUUGAUCAGCUUUUUGUUAGUUGCUGGGAAAAGGUGCGCAAUGUGGGGUAUGGAGCAUCCAUGAAAUCCUCGGUUCCAUAUCCGAUCCCAUAUUCGAUGGCAAAUACACCAAGGGAGGGCAGCAGCUUUGGAAACCAGCUGUUCAUGAUUGCCAUUUCGCUCAAGUUUUAUCUUGAAAACGAGAUGAAAGAUCUCAGUGAGCCUCCUUUAUUCUUCACAAAGGCGAAUAUCUAUUCCACUCUGAAGAUUCUUGAUUAUGACCCAGUAAAAUUAAUGCAGAGGACACCGAAACUAUCUCAUUUGCAGCUCUUCAACCAUUUAAGGGACAAGAUAUACGAGACCAAUCAAACUUUCGAUAAAUUUUUGAGAAAUGUAGUAAUCAAAAACAUAAAGACAUCGCGUGAUCUUCUGGCAUCAUCUGCCCAAGAAGCUUUAUUAUAUUUCAGCCAGUUCAUUGAAUUCAGAAAGCAUCCCUCCUGCAAUCUGGAAAUGCUUAAAUUUAUCUCGAAUCUUGAAAUUUAUGACAAACGCUCUUUUGUAAGGGGGAGCCAAAGCCUUAAAUCGGUCGCCUUUCCUGCUCAAAAUUGCUACACGAAAGAUGAUCAUUCCGAAAUUGACUAUUAUGCUAUGCUUACUAAGAAGAGCCUUGGCAUUUGUAUGCCCAAGGAUCAUGAAUUUAAAGCUUUUAUGGAUUUUAUUUUUAAAUUAAACACAACAGCACUGUUGGAUGUCGGCGCUGUUUUGAAGGAUUAUUGCAACUCCAAGGUGGCGAAAAAGAUCUUGGACUCAAAGAAAUACCGGUGCGUGGUCUAUUACGAUGAAAAACAAAAUGUGAUCGUUUAUCAAAUGGACACUGGCCGAGUUGGGAGGGACUUGCCUGUGGAGGGCCAAUUUUCGUUCCUUGAAACCAGGUACGGUUUGAAAAACAAAGAUAUUUUCUUGUAUCUUGACCAGGCGCAUUGCUUUGAAACCAAUGUCGAUGUCAACAAUCCAUCUGCAAUUUGCGUGGUUACUUUUUCGACGCUUGUUUCUGCCAAAUACUUUCAUCAAGCGCUCUUGACAGCCCGAGAGCUGUUGAAUGGAAUUUCGCAUAUGGAUCCGCUUAGUCAUGCAGAAGAUCCACGUCACCAGAUUAAGAUCUUUGUUUCUUCAAUUCUGAGAUAUGACAAAGCUAUGCAUUCAACACUGAGUGAGGAGGAAAGGGAAACGCUCUCAUCGAAAGCCGAUCUUUUUCCAAAAGAUAUGCCGGCUGAUAAAAAGGCUGCGUUGCAAACAAUUUUUACUUCUGCGCAUUUGAACCAGUUGACGAGGGAUCGUAGAGAGCGAGAUCUUUUGCCGUGGCAAGUAUUCUUUGCCAAGCUUUUGAAGAGCUUUUGGUCACCCGCCUAUUCUGCAGGCAGUAAAAUCCCCAACUGGAACACGAUUCUCAAUCUAAACGAUACAAAGUCAAUUGAUCAGCUUAAAAAGAUUCUUUUUUCUCAAACUGGUAUUUCAAAGUCUAAAAUUUUAAAACUUUUUGAAGCUAACGAGAUAUUGAAGAAAUUUUCCCCGAAUUUGGACAUAUCUUCCAUUCCUGAGGUUGAAUAUUCUUGUGCAUUGGAUGUAGAGGCUGUUUUGAAAGAUUCACAGGAGAUUCAUGCAAAUGUGAAAGAUGCUAAUGUAGCCCCUGCAAAGCCUUUAUCUUUUUCAAGAUCAGCUCCUGAAAUUCCCGAUUUAAGUCUCGGAUUUAUCAAUUACCUUGAGAAUAUUGAUUCUGUUUCCAUAAAAAGUGAUGUCACCUCUUUAAGGCAUUUUUAUAAUGUGCAUUUCUUUAUAGUUCAAAAUUUAAUUUGUAUUUACAAUCGAUUAGUAAAUUUAGUGCCAGAGUGGGUGUUUCAGUAUUUGUUACUUAUGUCUUUUGGAGCCGACACUAACCCUAUUAUUCGUAAUAUUGGGAUUAUGGCUGGGUUAUUUCACAAAAAGUUCAGCAUAAAAGUACGUAGAGAUGAUAUCUUUCGCUCUUCUUUUACAGCUUUCAAAAGAAUAUUGAGUAUUCCAAAAGAACAUAGUGCUUUAUUACAUAUACAUAGUUUUGAGGUCGAAUUUCUUAAUGAAGAGGGAGUAGAUGCUGGGGGAUUGUCUAGGGAAUGGGCCACUUUGAUGGCGGCCCAACUUCAAGUUUCCGAACUUUCGAUUUUCAAUUCUUAUAAAGAGGGCUUUUAUUUCAGAAGAGAUGGGAAGAAUAAAGAAUAUGCUAAAUUCUGUGGAGCGUUUCUGGGAUUGGCAAUUUCUAAAGAAUUGACGCUUGAUUGCAGGUUUAGUGACCUUUUUUACCGUAUUUUGACAAGCGAUCCAAAAAAUAUUCCGCUUUUAUUCAAAGAUAUGGAAUUAAUUGACACUGAUUUGCAUAGGGGUUUCUCCAACUCAGAUUCUAAUCUUUUGAACGACCUUGAGAACUUCUAUAAAGAUGGCGACGAUAAAAAAAAAUUAGAUUUUUUCAAAGCUUGCAAGCGAUAUUUGAUAGUUUCUCCUGAUGAGAAAAUAGGAGCCCAUCUUCCUCGAGACAAAGAUGGAGAAACAUUUACAUCUAUUGUGCUAACAGAUGAUGAUUUGAAUAGUCUCAGAGACGAACUGACACACGAAAUAUACUAUUCUGCACUCAAAGAUACUAUUGAGCGGUUCCUCGACGGAGUGCAUAUUUUUAUUCCACCAGAGGAACUUCAAUUAUUUAGCAUUGAGGGUUUACGAAAAAAAGUUGAAGGGGAGUUUUCAGAAAUCAACGAUAAAGCGUUUGAAAAAUGGAAAGCCAUUACUGUUUGGAAAUAUCUCACGAACGGAAAAACUGGAAUAGAAGAAGAAACUUGGAAAAAUGGGUUGAAGAUACAAAAGGAUUGGUUUUGGGAAAUAAUUCAAAAAUUUUCAGAAAAGGAAAAAAGAGACCUCCUUCAAUUUUGGACCGGCUCUCGAAACAUUCCAAAAACCCUUGAAGUUAAUCACGGAGGCACAGUAAACUAUUUUCCAAGUUCUUCUACCUGUCUUUUAAGUCUAAACCUCCCCUAUUAUAAAGAUGAGAAGGUUGCAGUGGAUGGUAUUGAGACCAUAAAGGGAGCUAAGGAAAUUAUGAAGGAAAAGAUACUUGAAGCCCUGAAGCUUAGAUCUGGGUUUCAAUUUGUAUGA